AUGAAUGAGAAAAAGUUGGUUCAAAACUUCAAGAGUUACAUCAAUGUAUCUCCCUUGAGUAAAGGAGAAAAAAAUGGUUCUUUGCAAGAGGUGAAGCCAAAACUUCUGAAUGGCGAGCUGGUGACGGGAGCGGCGCACAGCGUGGUGAUGCUGACGCCGCUCAGCGAGUGGGACCGUGGUAGGUUCGGCUCGCUCUUCAUCACCAACUACAAACUGUCCUUCGUGCCCUUGGAGAACUCAACCAAUGAUGAGUACUGCCAAAGGAACUAUCUGCUCGGCGCAUUCGACGUCCCACUAACUGGGGUUGGAGCUGUGUGGCUGACAGACGGUGGACCGCAGCGACGGCGGCGACUCAUGCCCUACGGAGACAUGCCUGGCAAAGUAAAGGGGCUGCAAGUUAUAUGCAAGAACAUGAAAGUCCUCACGUUCAGCUUUGCGAACUCGCCAAUAGACAAUGGAAGAAAGAUAGCCCUCGCUCUCAUGCACCACGCCUUCCCGAAGAGACACGACCUACUCUUCGCAUUCGAGUACAGAGAGCCAUACUACCCCACACUCCCAACCGACAUGAACAUGUUCCAGCGACCAGGCGAUUGGAAGAGGGAACUAGAACGAUGUGAAUGCCCUCAUUGGAGGAUAACUUGCAUUAAUGGAACAUCAGACGCCUUUAUGUUAACCGCAGGAGAAACCCUAAUAGUUCCCAGUUCGGUUUUAGAUUAUAAUUUGAUGGAGUCUGCGAGACAUUUCCGAUCAGGUCGCGUGCCUAUAUGGGUGUGGGGGAGACCUGAAGGUGCAGCGUUGUUGAGGAGCGGAGAACUCCUGAGUACUGAGCAGUCGGCGACGGCUGAGAGUGUUUUGUUAGAACAGGUCCGUCGCUCCCACCCGAAGUUGACGCCGCCCCACGUGUUAUACCUGUGUGGCAAUACGUUCACGAAUGCUGGUGGUCCUGGUAUACUACCACCAUUAGCCACGCUACAGUCUUCAUACAAGAAACUUGUAGAAUUAUGUACCCCGACUACACUUGGACAGUUUUGGAUGCAAGACUCCCAGUACUACUCGAUCCUGGACGCGAGUCGGUGGCUGCGCUACGUCGCUAACUGUAUAGCCUUCGCAGACGACGCCGCACAACACUUGUCUAAUAAUGUUACCGUCGUCUUACAAGAAGGUGACGGAGUAGAUUACUGUUCAGUAGUGUCGUGUCUCACUCAGCUACUGGUGGACCCUCACUUCCGUACGAUAUCAGGCUUCCAGUCGCUCAUACAGAAAGAAUGGAUCGCACUCGGACACCCCUUCUGUGAUAGAUUCGGUCUCCCUCGGCCAGGAAACCCUAAAGACUCGACAGCGAAGGAGGCGACCUCCGCCCAGACUGCGCCAGUACUACUUUUGUUCCUGGACUGUGUCUGGCAGCUCACCCAGCAGUUCCCGGCAGACUUCCAGUUCACUGAGACAUACCUCACGACCUUAUGGGACUGUGCACAUAACCAUAUCUUUGAUACUUUUCUGUUUAACUGCGCCAGGGACCGCGAACUCGCUGUAGCUAGGCAGAACUUCGUGCAGCGGCCGGUGUGGGACUGGGGCGAGCAGUUCUCAGAACAAGAUAAAGCGUUAUUCUACAACCCGCUGUAUGGAAUCAAACCGAAUAGUGUGCCAUCACAGAGGCUGUCUCAACCCACGUUUCCCAGUAAAUCGGCGGCGGAACUGUCCCGGUUGGAGCCGUGCCCGUCCGUGGCGGCCAUGGAGCUGUGGUCGCAGUGCUACGAGCGCUGGCUGGUGCCGCUGGACGCGCCGCUCGCGGGCGCCGUGCAGUACCACGUGCACAACUACGCCGCGCUCAAACAGAUCCACCAAAUAAAAGAGAAGCUGCCGUCUUUAUCAAUAAUGUCGGAGCGUGCGUGUAACGGUGAGGCGGAGCCCCCGACGCGGCGCAGUGUGUCCCGGUUCUACCCGUUCAGCCUGAGUCGAGGAGAGACGGUGACGGCGGGACUGGAUGCCAUGCAGUUAAGCCUCAUCGACGCUUCACAGCUCCUCGACUCACAGUCCCUACUCAACGCGCCCGAUUAA